AAUUGGUUCACGUGGAAAACUCCAAAAGCGAAAGCCGCCCCUUCUGUUGCACAUGGGAAGGAUGCAACAAAGCGUUCGCCAGGAGAUCCGACCUGUCGAGGCAUGACCGGAUCCAUACCAAAAUAA